ACAUGCACGGACAAUCACAAACCAGCUAGCUACUUCCGGGAGCUUUAUUAUCAAUGAUUUUGUCACUUGUGUGAGAGUAAAACACUGCUCUGGUGUUUUGUUUUUGCUUGUUGUGAAACAUGUCGUACAACUACGUGGUCACGGCGCAGAAGCCCACGGCGGUAAACGCCUGCAUCACCGGUCACUUCACAUCUGCAGACGACUUGAAUCUGCUCAUAGCCAAAAACACGCGCCUGGAAAUCUAUGUGGUUACACCAGAAGGUCUGCGACCUGUCAAAGAAGUGGGCAUGUAUGGAAAGAUUGCUGUCAUGGAGCUUUUUCGUCCUAAGGGUGAGACAAAAGACCUGCUCUUUAUUCUCACAUCCAAGUACAAUGCCUGUAUCCUUGAAUACAAACAGAAUGGAGAGAGCAUUGACAUCAUCACACGUGCCCAUGGCAACGUGCAGGAUCGUAUUGGACGUCCAUCUGAAACAGGCAUAAUUGGAAUUGUAGACCCAGAAUGCCGCAUGAUUGGCCUCCGGCUUUAUGAUGGGCUGUUCAAAGUGAUCCCAUUAGACCGAGACAAUCGGGAGCUAAAAGCCUUCAACAUCAGACUGGAGGAGCUACAGGUCAUUGAUGUGCACUUCCUGUAUGGCUGCCAGGCCCCUACUGUCUGCUUUAUCUACCAGGACCCACAGGGACGCCAUGUGAAGACCUACGAGGUUUCUCUAAGGGAGAAGGAGUUUAAUAAAGGCCCCUGGAAACAGGAGAAUGUGGAGGCUGAGGCUUCAAUGGUCAUCCCAGUCCCUGAGCCAUUUGGUGGCGCUAUAAUCAUAGGACAAGAGUCCAUCACCUACCACAAUGGGGACAAGUACUUGGCCAUUGCACCACCUACUAUUAAGCAAAGUACCAUUGUCUGUCAUAAUCGGGUUGAUCCCAAUGGUUCCCGUUACCUGCUGGGGGACAUGGAAGGACGCCUGUUCAUGCUGUUGCUGGAGAAAGAGGAGCUCAUGGACGGAACAGUGACGCUCAAAGACUUGCAUGUGGAGCUGCUUGGAGAGACAUCUAUUGCUGAAUGCUUGACCUACUUGGACAACGGUGUGGUCUUUGUGGGCUCCAGACUGGGUGAUUCACAGUUAGUGAAGCUCAACGUAGACAGCAAUGACCAGGGCUCCUACGUGGCAGUGAUGGAAACGUUCACUAAUCUGGGGCCGAUUGUUGACAUGUGUGUCGUAGACCUGGAGAGACAAGGCCAGGGCCAGCUAGUGACUUGCUCGGGUGCAUUUAAGGAAGGCUCUCUGAGGAUCAUUCGCAAUGGCAUCGGGAUUCAUGAGCAUGCCAGCAUAGACCUGCCGGGAAUCAAAGGUUUGUGGCCACUCCGCUCUGAGGCAGGCAGAGAGACAGACGAUAUGCUGGUCCUGUCCUUUGUGGGUCAAACACGUGUGUUGAUGCUGAGUGGAGAGGAAGUGGAGGAGACUGAACUUCCUGGAUUUGUGGACAACCAGCAAACAUUUUACUGUGGCAAUGUGGCACACCAGCAGCUCAUUCAGAUCACGUCUGGCUCUGUUCGCCUGGUGCUCCAGGACACCAAGGCAUUAGUGAGUGAAUGGAAGGAACCACAGGGCAGGAACAUCAGUGUGGCUGCCUGCAACCACACUCAAGUGGUGCUCGCUGUUGGCCGUGUGCUCUACUACAUACAGAUCCUGGCAGGAGAGCUCAAACAAAUCAGCACCACUGAAAUGGAGCAUGAGGUUGCCUGUCUGGACAUCACACCACUGGGGGAGGUUGGGACUGAGUCACCGCUCUGUGCCGUGGGACUCUGGACUGACAUCUCAGCCCGUGUUCUCAAACUGCCCUGCUUCACAGCUCUGCACAAGGAAAUGCUGGGUGGAGAGAUCAUCCCCCGGUCAAUUCUAAUGACCACAUUUGAAGGCAGCUACUAUCUGCUCUGUGCCCUGGGAGAUGGAGCGCUCUUCUACUUUGGCCUGGACCUGCAGACUGGCGCUCUUAGCGAGCGGAAGAAGGUCACUCUUGGCACGCAGCCCACCGUACUGAGAACCUUCAGAUCACUUUCCACUUCCAAUGUCUUUGCCUGCUCCGACCGACCCACUGUCAUCUAUUCCUCCAACCAUAAGCUGGUCUUUUCUAAUGUCAACCUGAAGGAGGUCAACUACAUGUGUCCUCUCAACUCUGAGGGCUAUCCUGACAGUCUGGCUCUGGCCAACAACAGCACUCUGACAAUCGGUACAAUUGAUGAGAUCCAGAAGCUCCACAUCCGCACAGUUCCCCUCUUUGAGUCUCCCAGGAGGAUCUGCUACCAGGAGGUGUCCCAGUGUUUUGGAGUUCUGUCCAGCAGAGUGGAGAUUCAGGAUGUAAGCGGCACCACAUCAGCUGUUCGUCCCAGUGCCAGCACUCAGGCUCUCUCCACCAGCAUCAGCUCUAGCAAGCUCUUCCCCAGCAGCACCUCCCCCCACGAGACCUCUUUUGGUGAAGAAGUGGAGGUUCACAGUUUGCUUGUCGUGGAUCAGCACACCUUUGAAGUCCUUCAUGCCCAUCAGUUCCUGCCCAGUGAGUAUGCCCUCAGCAUGGUGUCCUGUCGUCUGGGAAAAGACCCUUCUGUGUACUUUAUCGUUGGCACUGCCAUGGUCUACCCAGAGGAGGCCGAGCCUAAGCAGGGACGCAUUGUUGUCUUCCACUACACUGAUGGUAAGCUGCAAACAGUGGCUGAGAAGGAAGUGAAGGGAGCUGUAUAUUCUAUGGUGGAGUUCAAUGGUAAACUGCUGGCCAGCAUCAACAGUACAGUGCGUUUGUACGAGUGGACAGCUGAGAAGGAGCUGAGAACAGAGUGCAACCACUACAACAACAUCAUGGCCCUUUAUCUCAAAACCAAAGGAGAUUUCAUCCUGGUGGGAGACCUGAUGAGAUCUGUCUUGCUGCUGGCCUACAAACCUAUGGAGGGUAACUUUGAAGAGAUUGCCCGUGACUUUAAUCCCAAUUGGAUGAGUGCUGUUGAAAUUCUGGACGAUGACAACUUCCUGGGGGCAGAGAAUGCCUUCAACCUUUUUGUCUGCCAGAAAGACAGUGCUGCUACCACGGAUGAGGAACGACAGCACCUGCAGGAGGUUGGGGUCUUCCACCUUGGGGAAUUUGUCAAUGUCUUCUGUCAUGGCUCACUGGUGCUGCAAAACCUGGGUGAAAGCUCAACUCCCACCCAGGGCUCUGUGCUUUUUGGAACUGUUAAUGGCAUGAUUGGUCUGGUGACGUCCCUGUCUGAGGGCUGGUACAGCCUUCUCCUGGACCUGCAGAACCGUCUCAACAAGAUGAAGCAGCAGCCUGUUAUUGAUUUUCUUUGACUGGGCUCCACCUGGAGGUCCUUCCACACUGAGCGUAAGACAGAGCAGGCCACAGGAUUCAUCGAUGGGGAUCUGAUCGAAAGCUUCCUGGAUUUGGGCCGAGCUAAGAUGCAGGAGGUGGUUAGUACGCUACAGAUCGAUGAUGGCAGUGGAAUGAAACGUGAAGCCACGGUGGAUGAGGUGAUUAAGAUUGUAGAGGAACUGACGAGGAUUCACUAACUGCACUACGAUCUGGGCUCCUGCUGCCCCAUGGAAGAGCUCAACAGAGGGAUUACAGUCAAAAUAGGGAGGGAUGGGUUUUGCAGAUUUGUAAAUAUAAAAUCUGUGCAUGUUUUGUUCUUCAGACUUCAAUGAUAUGUCUGUCAACUGAUGAAAGUACUCAACGUUUUAAGUGUAGAACUCCUGAUUUAGACCCACAAAGUCUCAUGGUGAAGUGCACGUCCACUUUUUUGGGCUCAGACAAAUGUUAGCAGAACUGAGUGUGUUUGAAUUUGUGUGUGUGUGGGUGGGUGUGUGUCUGCAUUAUUGCCACAGUGUAGACUGAUAUGUGACUAUAAAUAAGGAAGACUCCAGAAAUUCCUCCAAACAGUGAAAUCAUUCAUGAACAUCUUUUUGUGACAGCUGCUGAUGCUGAAGGAAAAAACGAUUUAUAUCCAAUCUGAUGGUGACAUGUUCCAAGGCUAUUGUUGAAGUCUGCAGUAAAACACGCCCUAUGAGACAGAAAUUGAGGAAAAGUGAUAGAUUUAUAGCUAUUUUGUCUGUGAUGUUUUUCUUUGUUUAUUUUAAUAAAUUCUGCUUUAGUACCGGUA